AAAUGUAGUUAUACAAGUCGCAAGGGACAAGAUUAAGAUGUCAUACUAUAUUUGAUUUUAAAAGAGGAUUAAAAAAAAGCCCCUCCUAUAUAUAUUGUUGAAUAAUCAUCAUAAAGGAUAUCAACACUUGUCCUCUACAAUUUUCUUAUAGUGUUACUACAUCUUUUUAUUUUCAACUCUUUAGUAAAAUGGGUCUAAAGUCUGUGUUGUGUGCCAAGAUAGAAAUGAAGGCUAACAAGGAUGUGUUUCAUGAUGUUUUUACAAAUAAACCACACCAUGUCUCUACUAUGUCCCCUUUGCAUGUACAAGGUUUUGAUCUUCUUGAAGGUGACAUUGGAACUGUUGGAUCCAAAAUUUGUUGGACCUAUACUCAGGAUGGGGAAAAGAAGAUCUCUAAACAAAUACUUGAAGCUAUAGAUCAUGAAAAUAAGGUGCUCGUACUCAAAGAAUUUGAAGGAGAUGUAAUAGAUAAUUAUGAUAGUUUUAAAGCAACUCUUCAUAUCGAAACAAAAGACGAAAUCGAUUUGGUAAGCUGGACAUUGGAGUAUGAAAGGCCAAAUGAGAAUGUCCCUGAACUUAUAAGUCUGCUGAACUUCAUUGUUGGUAUGACCAAAGCUAUUGAUGAUCACCAUGCCAAUUGAUGAAUUGUUAAGAUCUAUGUUGCUUGGACUUUUCAAAAAAUUCAUCAAAUGCAUGUUGAAUCCUUAAAAAAAAGAGUGCAUUUUUGAAGAAUCGAACAUAUAUGUGACAACAUUUUAGGAGAGUCCGAGCAACUUAGGAUGGGAUCAUAUAUAUGCAUGUGAGCUUUACAUAAAUACCCUAUGCUUUGUUUGUUGUUUAAUUGUCCAUGUUGGUUCUGUACUUUUUUUAUGUUUGUUGUGUCUUUCUCAUGUAAAUGAUAUAUUGUCAACUCUGUUAACCUUUGUGUUGUGUAAUAAGACAUGGGUGUGAGGUUUAUAUAUAUUGAUCUUC